CAGUCUCAGCUAAGAGGCUACUUUCGCCCCUACCAUUCCACCCCCCCCCCUCCACCUCUUAGCAUAAGCACAUUCACAUAUGCCUUCGCACGCGUCGAGUCGCCUCAUCCGUCUCGAUAGAGCGGCCGACUUCAGAGUGCACCAGCCAGCCAGCCAGCCAGCCAGCCAACCAGCCGGCAGGAGAGAAACGGAGGGGGACAAAAGCAGAAGGGAGGGAAGCAAAAGAAGCAAGGGGUUACGAAUCCACUGAAUAAAACACAACGCAGGAGAAAGGAAAACAUCCUGCGAGUCAAAAGGGGGGAAAAAACGAUCUCUCCAUCACGUGGGUGAAGGAAUACAAGAAAAGGAUGCUUUGAAUGCCGGAGGAAGAGGGAGAGGGACGCAAAACACAGCAGGGACACAACCAGGAAUGAAUGGGAGUCCUGCUUGCCCGCCCGCCGCACGCACUCAGUGACAAGAGCCGCCGCACACUGAAGUCGCUGAAAAGCACGGCAAACUCCUCUCGGGAGUUCGUCUGUUGCCUUUGGCGUGAUUUCCACGUCGUUUGAGCACCCACGAGCGAGCUCGUCUCUGUUCUCCGGGCGGCACCAAUUAAGGCGGGCUGGAGCCGGGGCAAGUUGUGACAGAAUUGGACGACACACCAAGGCGAAGAGCAAAAGGACAACGACGGCGCAGGGAGGAGGAGGGGCCUGCGGGUGCAGCAGACACAAGCGGAGGAAAACCGACGUGUUCAAGGAGUCGCCUGUCUGGUUGGAGGUGCAAGAGGAUUACAUGAUGUUGCUGCUGCAUAGCUCACCCAGAAAACUCAGUGGGCUUCUCAGCUGUGCAUCACCUGUGAUGCCAUGAUCCAGUUCUGACUGUGGGUAAUGCAGAGCCUCAAAACCAAUCCCGGAGAUGCCGAAGAGAAGAGAUAUUCUUGCCAUCGUGUUGAUCGUGCUACCCUGGACUCUGCUCAUCACAGUUUGGCACCAAAGCGCCAUCGCGCCGCUCCUCGCAAUCCAUAAGGCAUGUCACCACCUAGUAAAAGAGAUCUUUAUCAUUCCAGAGAGGCUUGCGGUGCGCCACCGACUCUCAGGUGGCGGCAUUGAGGGCAAGAGGGAGGCAGGAGGCCAGGCAGGAGACUCCAAGGAAUACUGCGCCUCAGAUAAGGACAUAGUGGAGGUGGUGAGGACCGAGUAUGUGUACACGCGGCCACCGCCUUGGUCUGACGUGCUGCCCACCAUCCACAUCAUCACGCCCACGUACAGCAGACCAGUGCAAAAGGCCGAGUUGACGCGGCUGGCGAACACCUUCCUCCACAUUCCCAACCUGCACUGGAUUCUGGUGGAGGAUUCCCAAAGGAGGACGCCCCUCGUCACGCGCCUCCUCCGAGAAACGGGCCUCAACUACACCCACCUAAAUGUCGAGACGCCCAGGAACUAUAAGGUGCGCGGGGACACGGGGGACCCUCGAAUCCCCCGCGGGACCAUGCAGAGGAAUUUGGCACUCCGCUGGUUGAGGGAGACCUUCAAUGCAAAUAGCACCCAAGCUGGAAUUGUAUACUUUGCUGACGAUGACAACUCUUACAGUCUGGAGCUCUUUGAGGAGAUGAGAUCAACUCAGAAAGUGUCCGUGUGGCCCGUAGCCUUUGUGGGCGGCCUGCGCUAUGAGUCCCCCAAGGUCAACGCGGCCGGGAAAGUGUACGGCUGGAAAACGGUUUUCGACCCCAAUCGGCCCUUUGCCAUCGACAUGGCCGGCUUCGCCAUCAACCUGAGGCUCAUCCUCUUCAAGCCGCAGGCGUACUUCAAGCUUCGCGGGGUGAAGGGAGGCUACCAGGAAAGUAGUUUGCUGCGGGAACUUGUCACACUCAACGACCUGGAACCCAAAGCCGACAAUUGCACUAAGAUACUUGUUUGGCACACGAGAACAGAGAAGCCCAUCCUCGUAAACGAAGGGAAAAAAGGAUUCACAGACCCAAAUGUGGAGGUUUAACCAUUUCUUCCACAUCUCCUGCGAAACGUCUGUCAUCGGAGUUCUGGACAUGCAUUGAUGAAGAUGGCCUUCGAGGUCCAUGAUAUGUGACAUUUUCCAAGAAAUGGACAAAGCCGUGGCGAUGUAUUAUCGCAAAGCACAGAAUGGCGACAGGCGGCUUUUAUUUCAGAGGUGUGUGAAAGGGACGUCGUCAAGGACGCCUCGCUGGGCAGCAGUGCGGGUGUCUCGGUGAUGACAACCUGCCAAUAAGACAGCACAAUUUCAACCAAGUCAGGUUCGAGAAGGGGGGUGGUGG